AGCUACAUUGUAACCCACAGAAGGUCUAUCAAACAUCGCGAAUACAUUCUAGAUUAAAGAAAGCUAGCAUACUAAUCAGUUGUACGACUUUGAACUCAUAAUAUUGAGGAAUUUUCUUUCGUUCAAGUGGUUUACUACUGAUUUCAACCACUUCUUAAACAGGACAAAAAAAUGGCAUCUGUAGAUUUUCUAAGCAAAGCAAUAUCGCUCGUGAAAUUAGCCAUUGAUAAUGAUAAUAAGGAACAAUACACAGAGGCGUAUAAGUAUUAUCAAAACGCUCUCGACUACUUUAUGAUGGCUUUGAAGUAUGAAAAUAACGAAAACUCAAAAACCUUAAUUCGAAAUAAAGUGGUAGAGUACCUGGAUCGUGCUGAGCAAAUCAAAGCCUUUCUUCAAAAACAAAGUGUACAAGCACCUGUAUCGAAUGGAAAUUCUUUAAGCCAGGACGCUCCUAAACCAGGCUCUGGUGCAGCAAAUGGACUUUCUGACACUGCAGAUGCAGAAGUUAAGAAGCUUCGAGGUGCUUUAUCAAGUGCAAUUCUUUCGGAAAAACCUAAUGUAAAAUGGGACGACGUAGCAGGCUUGGAAAAUGCUAAAGAGGCAUUAAAAGAAACCGUACUUUUACCUAUAAAGCUUCCAAAGCUGUUUUCUCAUGGUCGGAAACCAUGGUCUGGCAUUUUGUUGUAUGGGCCACCGGGUACCGGAAAGUCAUUUCUUGCAAAGGCAGUUGCAACAGAAGCCGGUUCGACUUUCUUCUCCAUUAGCUCAUCUGACUUGGUGAGUAAAUGGCAAGGCGAAAGUGAAAGACUUGUGAGGCAAUUGUUUGAGAUGGCUAGAGAAAAUAAACCCUCUAUUAUUUUUAUUGAUGAAAUUGACUCGCUUUGUGGACAACGAAGUGAUAGUGAAAGUGAAUCCUCACGCCGUAUCAAAACCGAGUUCUUGGUUCAAAUGAAUGGAGUUGGACGGAAUGAAUCCGGUGUUUUAAUAUUAGGUGCGACAAAUAUUCCUUGGGCAUUAGACUCUGCCAUUCGUCGUCGUUUCGAGAAACGCAUUUACAUUCCCCUUCCCGAUUUACACGCACGCGCAAAGAUAUUCAAACUUAAUGUUGGAAAUAUUCCUUCAGAGCUUACGAAUGAAGACUAUAAAGAGCUUGCAAAACUUACAGAAGGCUACUCUGGUUCAGACAUCGCAACAGUGGUACGUGAUGCUAUUAUGGAACCCGUUCGCCGCAUUCACACAGCAACACAUUUUAAGACUGUUUAUGAUCCAACGACGAAAAGUGAUAUGAUUACACCUUGUUCGCCAGGUGAUCCAGAUGCAUAUGAGGCUACAUGGAUGGAUAUUGACUCAGAACGUUUGCUUGAGCCAAAGCUUACUGUUCGUGACUUUUACAGUGCAGUCCGCAAGGUAAAGCCGACACUUAAUCAAUCAGAUAUUGAACGACACAUCAUGUUUACCAAGGAAUUUGGCGCUGAAGGAUAAACGAGGAAAAACAGCGAUAUCCGUCCAAGUCGACAAACUGCAGAAUUUGUCUCUCGUGUCACUACUCGGUCGAAUUUCCCCUCCAUGAUGAAGUAUCUUAAGUCUCAUUUAUUCACUAAUACUCAAUACAUCGUACUUUCAACGAGAAGCAAUAAACUAGUACACACGACAUAAUUAGACUCAUUGAACCUCAAAGAAAAGCCCCAGACAGCGAUAACCUUCUGUAGUAAACACGGACCGUUCAUUUAUGUUCACUCUGUCAAAUAAAUACUUGAAAGAUGAACAUAAAACAAUGCAUCCUGAUCAUUAAUAAACCAACUGGUAUUAUGAAAAGCAUCGCCUUGCACACAGCCUCCCUCGUACUCAGCAUCAACGAGGAACAAAAUUACUGUAACAAAAGCAUGAUUCUUGACCCUAACAUUUACAUCAUAUAAAUUUCACAGUUUUGUUCAUAACAAUCAAUCAAUCAAUCACCCAAACCGAGGGUGUCACUACCAAUCCAAAUAACUUGUGGGAAGGAACAGAGAAGAAAAUUAAGCAGGCUAAUCAUAACUGUUUAGUCUCAAUUUUGAAAAAAUAAUAAGCCUCUGAAGUUAAUGCCAAAGAAACAACCUUGUAAAAUCGACACAAAACGCC